ACCGCCAUUUACACCUCACGAACAAUACUCUAGGUCCGAAUUUUGAUUAAUUUAUUACCAUUUCACAGUUUUCAAAAUUAAAUUUCAAUUUCCAAAAGAGGUGCGCGGGAAUCUGAAAAGGCAAAAAUUACAAAAUUGGCGCCCUCAAUUUCAUUUUUCAUUUCAUCCCGCUGAAAUUCCAAAUCGAUUUAUAUCCCAAAAUCAAAACCCUAACAAAGAAGUUCUAAACCACUUCACCACAGAGAAAAAAACCCAGACAAAAACUUCAUCUUCUCAGAUCUCUAGAUCUACACAGUCAUGGCGGUCUCUACAACUACUACCCCAUCUAAACCCGACGAUACCCCCAAUAACUCCUCAAUAGCGAAGCCAAAGAACGAUGAACCUGGUUCUGUACUCGAAGAGUUCGACAAUCGUAAGACAUGUCACCAGUGUCGUCAAAGAACUUUGAACUCUGUUGCUCACUGCAAGAAUCAGAGACUUGAUUCGAAAUAUUCUAAGCAUAGAUCUUACCAGAAGCCGUGCCCUAAUAAAUAUUGUACCAAAUGUCUAUUGAACAGAUACGGAGAGAAAGUAGAAGAGGUAGAAAUGUUGGCAGAUUGGAAAUGCCCCAAAUGUAGGGAUAUCUGUAACUGUAGUAACUGUAGGAAGAGUAAAGGACACAUGCCUACUGGUUGUCUUGUACAAACUGCUAAGAAAACUGGAUUUUCUUCAGUUUCCGAUAUGCUGAUUGCUAAAGGUCCUGAGAAUUUUCGUUACACGAGAGUGGUUAAAGAUGAGCAAAUGUUGAAAACUCCUAAAAAAUGUGGCAAGGAAAACUCUGUUGUUGUAAAUGGUGAAGUGAGUGUGCCUUUAACGCCAGAGGGUGAUGUUAAGAAAGAUGGUGAAGAGAAGCAGGAUGAGGGUUUGGUAAUAGAUUUGAACUGCGCCGCAUCAGCUCUGGAGGGAAUAGAAUUGAAGCCAAUGAAGAAAGAGAAGAAGGUAAAAAGAAAGGAAGAUGGUGUUAUUUUGGAGAAGAAAAGGUGUAAGAAAUCACACCUUUCAAAGGAUUCUACCCCAGGAGAGAGCAACAAAGAUGAAAGUGCAACUGCAAAAAAUGAUGGCUUACCAGAGAAGAUGGAUUCUAAGAAUUUAAAGCUAACAUUAGAAACAAAUGAAACCAAUGGUCUUGCGAAUCAUGGGAAUGGGGAUGGAGGUCUGAAGCUAGAGAUGAAGGGUGAUACCAGUUCUUGUGUUCUCGAGAAUAUAGAUUCGAAACCACCAAAGAAAGCUAAGAGGACAGAAAAGAGUGGUGAUGGUGCAGUUUUAGAGAAGAAAAAGCGUAAGAAAUCACAAAUUUUAGAGGACACAGCUCAAAAAUCAAUAGUACAAGAAGAUGGAAGUCUGAAGCUAGAGAUGAAGGGUGAUACCAGUUCUAGUGUUCUCGAGAAUAUAGAUUCGAAACCACCAAAGAAAGGUAAGAAGACCAAAAAGAGUGAUGAUGGUGCAGUUCUAGAGAAGAAAAGGCGCAAGAAAAAGGACACAGCCCAAAAAUCAGUUGUACAAGAAGACAUGUUAAAAGAUACCAAGGAUUCCAUGAUGAAGGAUAGCAAGGACUCUCUGCUGUUGCCUGAUUUAAAUGAAGCACCGGUUGAUGAAAUUGUAUGUAAUGGUCAAGCCAAGCCCAAAUCAAGACCACUGGUUGACAAGAUUAAAAAAGAUGCCGAGGAAGUCCGCAAGGAAGUUCCUGAGAUUAUCCAAUUGCCUCAAGGCAUUGAUCUAAAAGCAAUAGUUGGCGUUGACUUACUUGAUGAGGAUGUUGGCCCUGCUAUACAAUUUCUGGAGUUCUGCAAAGCUUUUGGAGAGGUUUUUGAUCUGAAGAUUGGUCAACCUGAAACGUUGCUCAGAGAUUUAACAUCUGGAACCAGUCGUCUUCGUACCAGGCAAUAUUCACCAAUCAUUCGAUUUCAAAUCAAACUCUUGUCUUUGAUACAGGAGAACUUGGGAGAGCGGUCUCUGAGUCCAUCCAGUAAAGGAAGUUUAAUAUUCCAAGCUCUUCAGAAAUGCAUAUCCAACUCUCACUGCAAACUGGAGGAAUUGCCUCCUAAUUGUUUUGACAAGGGAGGUGUGGUUUAUGAACAACUUGACUCCUCAACAAAACUGAAAAUCCUGAAUUAUCUUUGUGAUGAAACUCUCUCCACCGAUGAGCUCAGGGCUUGGAUUGAGAAGCAAAACGUCAAACUUGAGGAAAGAGAGAGGGAAGCAAGACAAAAAGUUCUUGCUGCUAAAAAUAAGGAGAAGGAUAUGAAGCAGCAGAUUUUGGUUGAGAUGGCAAAGCAGACUUGUACCACUGAGACUGAUAACUCCCUUUCAACAAUAAGGGCUGACACAGAAAAAGCUCAUGCAGAGGUGCUAGAAGCAAUAAGCAUGGUGGUUAACAAGAAACAAAGAUCAGAUGCUGUUAGAACAGACCCUGUUGUUUCGGAUGGAAAUGGUCACAUAUUUUGGAGAUUGCCAGGAUAUUCUCCUGACUCUGAUAUUUUGCUUCAAGAUAUUGGAAGCGGGGAUCCUUUAACGCCACAGGAGAAGUGGUUUACUUAUGAUGUUGAACAGAAACAAGUAGUUGAAAAAUGUGUUUCUUCUUUAAGGAAAAGGUGUAAAGUUCAAGCAUUGAAGAGGAAGGAACUUCUAAAACCUGCAUCUCCAGUUACUCUUACUUAAGGUGGCAUUUUUGCCUUACAAAGUUGUCAGGUACUUAAAGGUGGCCGUUACUUAAGAUUGUUAAAAUACCGUUCUAAAUUAUUUCCAGAUUUUUGUAAACAUGCCAACUUAGAGUUUCUACCUUAUUUCUUGUUAUUAAUUGAAGACCAAGCAGUGUUUAAGAAUAUAUGCAUACUCAACAGAGAUAAAGAGAAUUCCCCAUCCUACAGAAAUUUACAACCAUGUCCUAGCAGAGAGUCCAAAAAGUAACAAAGAGACUCCGCUACCUUGGUGCUAUUCAACCUCCAAAUGCAAGUAAUUACUUGCAAUGCUUUUAUUUUCUUGUUGUGGUGUACGUGAAAUGUAUAACAGUAGUCUAUUAUUUAUUAUUGCACUAUGCGACUGGUUGUUCAGAAUGUGUCUUCCAAUCCCAAGUGCAUUGUCAGCUUUUUUGUAUCAGAAUUUGCUCUGUGAUGCAUAUUAAUUCCGAAGCUUACAUUUGAACUUCUUGAAA